UAAGCCAGGGCCAGGAAGGAAUCAGUCCGGGGAAGAGACUCGGCAAACACACAGUAUUUACCCAAUUCCUCUGGAAUUUCUCAAUUCUCCUUGUCAAAGGAACUGACAAUCUGCCUCCUGCACAAUUUCAGACUGUAGCCUUCAUUUUUUCUUUGUGACCAAAAAAAGAAAAGGAAAAGAGAUAUAGGAUGGGUACCCGAAGACCCAUGAGCCGCACAUCUUCUACAAAUGGGAGGUAUUAUGACUCUCUAGGAAGCAGCAACGGCAGUGCCAGUGAAAGUGAAGACAGUAAUGGGUCUGCAUACAGUCCCCGAGCAGAUAGUAGAAAUUAUCUGCUUAAUGUGAGGCCUGAGAACAGUCGCUCCAGCUACAGUCGGUACUCAAGCUAUACACCAGGAAGGACCACAUUUUGUAGCAUCAUCUCUCAGCUGACUGAGGAGACACAGCCGUGUUUUGAAACCACGCUGAAACCCAAAGCAGUGUCGGAGGGAUGUGAUGCUAAAUUUAUCUGCAUGUUGUCAGGAUAUCCAGAGCCUGAGGUUACCUGGUAUAAAGAUGAUGAGGAGAUGGACCGAUACUGUGGUUUGCCAAAGUAUGAGAUUUUCCGAAACGGAAAUCGGCACACCUUACAGAUCUAUAAUUGUCUGGAAGAAGAUGCCGCUAUAUACCAAGCUUCAGCAAGAAACAACAAAGGAAUUGUGUCUUGUUCUGGUGUGCUGGAAGUUGGUACAAUGACUGAAUACGAAAUACACCAAAGGUGGUUCGCCAAACUCAAAAGGAAAGCUGAAGCAAAGAUGCGUGAGAUUGAGCAGAGCAGGAGGCGGGUGAAGGAGAAUUUAGAGGAAGGAGAAAGACUAAGGGCAUUAAGCCCAGAAAGAAUUCAGAGAAAGAGAAGAUUCUCGACAGAAAAUAAGCAAGAAUCUACUGCUUCUGUAUCAGAAAAAGAAGACUUAAUAAAGGUCAAUUUUCCAGACCCAAACUCACGACUGCAAGAGGAAGUAUCCAGUACAGCGCAGCAACCGCAGAAUGGGGUUAAUGGGUUCACAGAACUGGAUAAAUCUCAAGAAGAAGCAGUAGUCACAAAUGGUUAUACACUUCCUGAGAAUAUAGAGGAUAGUGGUAAAGAAUUCCUUGCCUAUGUCUAUGAAACAGUGGAAGUAAUAACAAAAAAAACAACCGCAAAAGAAUCAUAUGCAAAAAAGAAAAAAAAGGAGGAUGAUUCUCCUGUUUCUAAAGCAGAAACCAAGAAAGAGGAGGCUGCACCUGUUAGCAGUCAAAAGAAAGCAGAGGGCAUAAGUUCAGCUCCUAGGAGAUCACGCAUUAACAAGGAUCAUACUAGGUCAGCAGACGAAAAAAUUGAAAUUCAGACAUCUCAGCCAGCAGUUACAGCAAACCGAAGGUUUGCUGUUAACACUGCACUUCCUAAAGUAGGGAAGACAAUAUCAAAAGAUACGAAGAAACCAAAAGAACCAGUGGCACCUCCGAUCAAGGCGGCAUUUGCCUCCAGCACACGGAAAGAUCCCCUGCCAACAAAGACCAAUGUCAUUGUUUGUUUGAAGGAUAUGUAUUUUGGGGAGUCAAUGCAAGUUACACAAGAAGAAAAAGAUGUCAAACCAGCUAAUGAAGUCCAGAAGUCAAAUGCUGAAAUAAAUGUCUCUGGUGUUAAACAAGAUAUAGGUACUCCAACAAAGGUUGAACCACAGACGCAAGCUAGUGAGCCACCAAAAGCAGCUCCAAGACGUUCCAGAGAACAAAGAGAACUGCUUUCAGGUAGUACACCCCAAAAAGCAAGCACAAAGUGUGAUGCUUCAGUUGGUAGAACACCCUUUGAUAAUCAAGGGGGUCAGGAGUCAAACCCAGGUUGUGAAGUUUUACAGCAAGCCAUUGUAGAAAACAAACCAGAACAUUCUUCCCCCAUUACAUCACAUUCUAUAUCUGACAUUCCUGAACAAAAGCAUUUGGAACCAGUUCCAUCUCUGAGGCUGUCUGGGAGAGAAAUCCAAGAACCGGAUGCCUUAAAUAAGAGCAGAAUAGCCUCAGAAGACCUUCCUGAAGAAAAGUCCCAGACAGAAACAGCUAAAAAGCUUAAGAUCUUAGAGAUAGAGUAUAUGGCUUUGCAGAAAGCAUAUGCCCUGCUGCAACAGCAACUUGAGCUGAGUCAGAAGGCUGAGGAGGAAAAGAAGGCUGAGGAGGAAAAGAAGGCUGAGGAGGAAAAGAUGCAGACACAGGAAGUCACAGAAUCCCAGGAUAACAUUAUGCAAAAUCAAAUCCUCAUCUCUGAGCAAAAUCAAAUAGAAAUGCAAAAAAACACAUAUGAGAGCAAUGUGGCUGAAUCUUCAAGUUCACCAGUAUUUAUGGAGAUAGAUGAAGCCAUAAAAGCAGAAUUGGAUCAUAUUCCUGAGAAGGAAGGAGUAGGUCAUGAAAACCAUCAAAGUGUAGUUUCCACCUUAUUAUCCCAACGUUCUACAGAUUUCUCAAUGGGAUAUAGUUCAGAGAAAGGCUCAGAUGAUAAGGAUGUUUGCUUGACUGAACCAGAAGCAAAAGUGUUAAAAGAGAAUAGUACUUAUCCACUUGGGUUACCUCAGCAGGAAAAAAGGAACAUAGAAGGUGAUGAAGAUAAUUCUUAUACACCCCAUGAUGAAUCACACGAAGACCGUGAAGAGAACACAAAAUUGGCAGUUGCGUCAGACUCUAAAGUUGAAACAAUGGAGGCUGUAAAGGAAGCAAAGCAAGUAGAUGAAAAAAACGGAAACAAAUUAAAAGAAAUACUAGCAUCUGAUGAACAAAACCCAAGUACUCUCUCCUUAACACCCACCUCAGAAGAUAAUAAUCAAUUAGUAUUAUUAGAUGUGGAAUUGACAAGAAUGGAAACAAGCAUUCCACCCUCCAUUACAGCCCCAUCUUGUAUAGAAAGUAUAGAUGAUGUUGAGGAACUAAGUAUUUCUGAAGGUAUAUUAAAAACAAAUAUUCCAGGUGCCACUUCAGCAGCAAAUUCUUUGGCUGGGGACACUGACCAAUCUGUGGUUACACUUUUAAGAGAUGUAAAAGCUGCUUUGGAAUCAGGAAUUGUUAAAGAUGUAGAAUGUCCAUCAGUAUCUAGUUCUAGUUCAGGACUUUCUCCACUUGCAAUAUCUUCUCCAGAAGAGUAUUUUGUAGAACCCAUGUUGCCUUUACCAAGUGAAAAAGAGAAAAAUAUUAUUCAACACCCUGUGAUGCUUGAGCUUGAAACCAUCCCAGUAAACAUCCAAGCAAUCUCUCCUGAGAUAGAAGAAUCUGCUGAUGUCCUUGAAGUUGCUGCUGAUGUCCUUGAAGUUCCCUUAUUUACAGAGCCUCCAACAAAUGAAGAUGCUCAAAAUGACAUUAUAUUAAAAGAACAGAGCAAGCAAGAUCACAGCUUAGUAACUACUUUGAAGAACUCUUUGCUAAAGUUGUUUCAUAUGAAACCUGCAGAUGAUGUAGAUCAUAAAUCAGAGGUCAAAGAAAGUAACAAAGAUGGUGAAAUUCAGGUUGGAUCUCCUGAAGAAAUGUUUUCCAUAGAGGGAAAUGUAAGCCCCAUGGGUUCUAGUAUACCAGUCAACUCAGACGCAUAUGACUUUCAAAAGAGUUCAGAGAGCAUGCAUUUAAGUUCCACAUCAGGAAAGGUAAUUCCAGCUUCAGAAGUGGACAUCCCUCAAAAUGUAGACUUUUUGCAAACAAGUCCUAUCACAUGCAGAAAAGCAAGUGAAUUCUCUAAACAAGGCAUAACACAGGAGGUGCAUAGUGCCCCGCUGACCCCAGCAAUUUCCAGGAGUUCAAGGGGUUUGGAUGAAGAGUUUGUGUUGGACAAAGAUGAACUUAUCUUUAGUCCUUCCACUGCACGAAACAUUGCAGGGAAAAGAUGUGCUGACACAGACUUUCCUUCUGUUUUGCCUGUGCCUGCUAUAGUUGUUGGCAGCCUUCCUGCUGAAAAUACCCUUGGAAAUUUGCUCCCUGAUUUUGAGAAAGACAAUAGUCGCAAAUGGCGUUCUACUGAAAACUUAACUGUUAUUCCUUCAGCAACACCGCAGGAGCUGGCCUCUGGGGCUCGUCGCAAAAUAUAUCUUCCUAAACCAAAGCAGUUAGAAGAAACAGAAACAGGCAGUACCGGUUCACAUACUCCUCCCUCUAAACAAGAAAGCCCUAGUGUUUCUCCUGGGCAGACCAGAAGGAGUACCUCAUUGAUGCCUUCUCAGCCUCAGCAAGCUGAAAAGCGUUCACCAGGUAUGGCUAGAAGGAUGACAAAGUUGGAAGUGCCAAAGAUAUAUGAAGAAUGUACAGAGAAAGAGAGGAUAUCAGAUGACCAUUCUGUGCAAACUAAAGAUUCAGAUAUCUUGCCAAAAGAAGAUGUACAGCCAGUUGAACCUAAAAAGUCCAAUGAUCCCUAUAAAGCUCCACAAGUGAUAAGGAAGAUAAGAGCUGAGCAAUUUUCGGAUGCAUCUGGAAAUCUUAAACUUUGGUGCCAAUUUUUCAACAUUUUAAGUGACUCCAUUAUAACAUGGUAUAAAGAUGAAGUUCAAGUUGCUAAAGUAAAACGAAGUUGUGGUGAUGAAGGCCAGGUGGCACUUGCCAUUGUUCAGGCAUCAACGAAAGACUGUGGUGUUUAUCAGUGCACAAUUGACAAUGGUUAUGGAACAGAUUCAACUGACUGCCUUCUAAGUGCUGAGACUUUGUCUGCAUUUAUCAGCAAAGAAGAAUCUGAAGUUGGGGAAGAAAUAGAGAUGACACAGAUGGUUUUUGCAAAAGGAUUAACUGAUUCGGGUUACUGGGGUGACAAAUUCUUUGGAAGAAUUGUGAUGGAAGAUGCUCAUGUUGGAGAGGGAUUUCUGAGAAAGUCAUGCAGAGCAAAGGCUAUAUAUGGGCUGGAACCAAUAUUUGACUCCGGAAAAACGUGCAUCAUCAAAAUUAAAAAUCUUAUCCCAUUUGGGACCAAGAAUGAAAGCACCUUAGUUGAGAUGAAUUACGAGAUCACAAUUAAGGAGUGCAAAAUUCAGAACACUACCAGAGAAUUCUGCAAGAUAUUUGCUUCUGAAUGCCGAGCAGUCUCCAGCUUUGGACAGGUCCCAGAAAUUUUACCGCUAAACCUAAUUUAUCGACCUGCCAACAACAUACCCUAUGCUACAAUUGAAGAGGAUUUAGAAGGACGUUUUCAGAAGUUCUGUAUCAGAGAUCAAGCUGGAAAACUACACAUUAAGAAUUCAUCAGAGGUUGAACAAAAAUGUUGCACUUUCCAGCACUGGGUCUACCAGUGGACCAAUGGAAAUGUGCUGGUCACGACUCUGGAAGGGGUUGGAUGGAAGUUAACUAAUAUAGCAAUUGCCACAAAAUCCACAGGAUACAAAGGCCUAAAAGAGAGCUGCUUCCCCUCUAUGCUUGAUGAAUUUCCCUUGGUUCACCAAUGCAAUCGUUACUGUGAAAUGCUUGGGCUGAAAUCUCUAAAAGCCAGUGAAGGCCUUCAGCUUCCUGCCAAACCAAAGGCCUCAAGGAGUCCUAUCAUGAAUAGAAAAACCUCCUCAGGUCAGUCCAGUCCACAGAUACAAAAAAAAGGGUUGGCAAGCCCACAAACUGUCAGAAAGGGGGGUGUCAGCCCUAAGAUUACACGAAAAGCCACUGAAACAGGAGAUGCCAAAAAUAAAGGAAAUCACGCGACAACGCCUGCAAAAUCCCAAUAACAACUCAAAACAGAGAUUUAUUAAUAUGUCAUCAGUGCAGACUUCUUGGAUUAUCAACUUUUAUCUACUAAACAAACUCGCCAAACAAACAGUUCACCAGUCGUCCAUAUCCUUGAUACUGUGCAUUAAAGUGGUGAAGCAUGUUGGCUGUUGACAGCCCUUUGUGCUCGUUUGCAUUUGGUUUGGACAAAGAUCACAGAACUUGCACUUACUCUCACUGAUCCCAUAAGGUACUGUAUGUGGAAGCUUUGGGAUAUUCUAAGUAUAUUUUUUUGCGGUGGAUAAGCUGCAAAUGGAAGGAAAAGUAUGAUGGAAAACAUCAAUAUGACCAUUCAGGGCAAAAAUCAAAACUGGAAUGCUUUCCAGAGAUUACAGGAUAAAUGUACAUUAAUCAGUACUAUAAUGUGUAACAGUAUAAGAACACGUGGCUCAGGUUUUCUGCUCAAUCCAUAUUUGAUCAGUUAAACCAACGUAUGAUAUUGUUUCUCUUUCUCUUUUGAAUGCAUACAUUGCAAAAACCUGAACAUAAGUGGGCAACCUAUGAAAAAAAGGUUUCUGUAGAGGCACUUUGUAUUAAUGAACUGUAGUAGCGCUGCACAAAUCUCCAGCCUUUUAUAUUUUCCCAAUGGAUAUGUUCCAGGAAAUCAUUGGGUGCCUCAGACAAAUAUCCUCUUUAUGCAGCCUGUGCAGCACUGUUGUCAACAUUGGGAGCUUUCUACUGUAAAUAUCUAGUGCUGCUAAAAUCCAUGGUUUCUAUUUUGGACAAGGGUGGCCUACAUCACCAAUUCAUAUCUUAAAGGAGAAGGAAAGCUACAGAGGCAUUUUAUUGCCAAUGGAUUAGGUGCAAUAGUGCAAGCUAGAA